AUGGAGAUUUAUGCUAUCUUUGAUGGUCACGGAGGAUUUUCUGCGGCAGAGUUUGCCUCCUGCCUUCUUGUUCCUCAGGUUCAAAAUCAAUUGGCCUCAAGUCACGGAGAAGAUCAAAUAAUUAAUACCUUUGGGAAUCUACAGAAAAUGAUUGAAGACUCAAUUUCUGAUAGAUCUGGGUCAACUGCUGCUCUUUAUAUAGAGACUCGUGGAAAAAGUAUUUUCUCUUGGGUCGGCGACAGCAGCAUACUUGGAAUUGACGAGUGCAGCGAGAUGCGCGAAAGUAUUUCCAAAAAUGGGGCUGUCAUCACCGGAUCUAAAGGAAACUACAGAGUAAAUGGAGAGCUUGGAGUUGCUCGUGCCCUAGGUAAGUCAGGGCCAAGACCUGCUAUAUCCGCAAAGCCCUCAGUGCGCGAAUUUUCCAGCAGUGUCAUCAAGGAUAGAUACAAAUGGAUCUGUUUGGUUACUGAUGGCGUCACAGAUGUGCUUUCGCUCAAACAGAUAGCUGGUCUUGUGCAGGGAAAGCCAGAAAGCCCAUCAAUCAAUGUUCUCAAAAGUGCACUCGCUGCUGGAGCUGCCGACAAUUUAUCGUGCAUAGUCGUUGAGAUACGUGGAGAUUAA